AUGCAAACUACACUUAAACAAAAUACUAUUUAUAAUUUUUCAUUUCUAUUUAUUCUACUAUCAAUCUUUUUGGUUGGUUCUAGAUUCACAUUGGCAGAGAAUGUCAAUUGGACAGGUGGAUUGCAUCCUUUCUACAAUGGUGGUGCAAAUUGGAAUCCUGCUCAUGAUCCAGCCACUACCGACGAUGUCUACAUCAACCCCAGUAAAUCGUUUGCCUAUUCCGCUUCAGAUGUUUCAGUGUACUCAAUUCAAACAGGUUCGACCGAUUUUACUGAUCCUGUUCUCCAUCUAAUGGGUUCACUCUCUGCAACUUUUGUUGAUAUCUAUCCAUAUUCCACUCUCUACCUUGACAAUACCAAUCCAAACAUUGAAGCACCAAUCGCCAGUGUCUAUUACACAUCUGUUAUUGGUGAUUUCUUUAUGAACGGUCAUUACAUAUACUAUUCAAAUCAGAUGAACGUAUAUUCCUUUGGAUCACUUAGUUUAAAUGCUUCAACUAGUCAAUGUUUCAUUGGAUUGAGUAUCGCUCAUAGUGGUACAAUUUUUAAUGAGGCACAAACCUAUAUUGUUGGUAAUUUCUCUACCUAUGAUUCAGCUUCAAUCAAAGGAUAUCCAGAUUCUCUAUUGAUGUUUUUCGAUGUCGCUUUUUAUCCACCAGGUAUUAAUACGUUCAAUGAUAAUACAACCAUAAGCAUGCAAGGUUCAACUUUGAGCUUUUGGAAAUAUACAGUUUUAAACAAUAAUACAAAGAUAGAUUUAUAUGAUUCACCAUUUAAAAUAUUUAAUUCAAAUUUCUUCAUGAACGAUCAAUCCUAUAUUGAUGUUCAAGGUGUUUCACCAAUUUUAUCCAAUGGAACAACAUUAAUAAUGAAUGAUAACUCAACAAUGAAUUUCUAUAAUCCAUCAUUUUUUAAUCUUGAAUACCAAACUGAAGAUUCAAGAAAUAUGAUUAUCGAAACUAAAUUCUCAAUGAAUCAUAAUUCGAAAUUACAUAUGAACCAUACAUUACUAUUCCUUCAAGCUUAUCUAUUUUCAUUAUCUGAUAAUGCAUAUAUAGAUAUGAAAAAUGGAUCAAUGUUGUUAAUUUUAAAUAAUGUGAAUCAAAUGUAUGAUCAAAGUCGUAUUGAUGUCCAAAAUUCAACAUUCUCUAUCUUUACACAAAGUUCUGGUUUAAUUCAAAAUGAUAAUUCUAGUAUCAAUCUAUUUGGAUAUCAAUCAUAUAUGAUAAUUGGUGGUGCUCAUAUUCUAAAAGAUAAUUCAUAUAUUACAAUGGUGAGCAAUGCAUUCUUGAUUAUAGAGGGUAGUUUGAUUCAACUUAAUAAAUCAAAUGUAGUUUCUCAGAGUAGUAGAACAUCGAUCAAAGGAACUUGUAUCAUCAAAGACGAAUCCGUUGCAAUUUACACACAAUUCUCAGAACUUUAUAAUGGUAAAAUUGUUUGUGAUAAAUGUACUAUUGAACAAUGGGAAGGUUCGUUUAGAUCAUUUGGUAUUGGUGUAUAUAAUAAUUCUCAAAUAUCGAUUGUUGGAGAUGCUCAUUUUGGUGAGUUCUUUGUUGCUUUCAACACCAAUAUUACAGUAACAGGUGGUAAUCUUACUAUUUAUUCUCAAUCAGUAUUCAAUUGCACCAAUUGUCAUAUUCAGAUUGUCGAUGGUUUCUUCAAUUACGAUAAAGACUCUUCAGUCAACUUGUUCGAGUCAAACUUGGAGAAUAUUGGCGGUCUUAUUCAAUCGAUCGGUAAUGUUUACGUCUAUCCUGGAUCAACUAUGAGCAAUGGUGGUACUCUUAACCUAGAAUCUGGUAUUUACAAACAAGACCAAAAUUCACAAGCUUCGAUGGUAAACACUGGUGAUAUAAACUCAAUACCAAAUGGUCAAAAGAAAGAGAUUACAGUACCACUAUUAAAUAAUGGUAGAAUGAAUGUUGUUAAUGAUGAUCUAUUUGUUUCACAAUUAAGACAAAAUAGUGGUUCAUUAAUUAUUCAAAAAGGUAGAGUUCAAUCGAAUGAAUCUAUUGUCAAUGACGGUGGUAAUAUUCAUGGAAAUGGAACUAUCUUGUCUUCCAUUUUAAACUCUGGUAAAUUUGGUACACCAAACACCACCAACAAUCUACAUGUCAUUGGUAACUUUGUUCAACUUCAAAAUGGUACCAUUAUCAUUACCAUCAAUUCACUAAAAGAUUUUACUCAAUUUAAUAUCUCUGAACUUUUCACAAUGGGAGGAAAUAUUAUUAUUAGAAUCAAUGAGGACUUUAAACCAAGUACCGAAUCAAAGGACAAUACCAUACCAGUUGUAAACUUUGGUGAUGCCAAAGGUAAUUUUAGUAAUGUUGGAUUCAGAACAUUCAAUCCAAAGACUGGAGAGGAGAGAGAUAGUGAGUGUGGUCACAAAUUGGCUCAAUCAAAACAAUCACUUUCAGUUUUAGUUUCAGCCGGUUGCCAAGAUAGUUCCUCCAAGAAACUAUCAACAGGUGCAAUCGUUGGUAUCGUAAUUGCUUGUAUCAUAGUAGCUUCACUCGUUGUGGUCUUCUAUCACAAACGACAACGUUUAUCUCAAGACUUUAGAGCAAAGUCUGGUGUAUUCAAAUUGAGAAGAGUCACAAUACGUUUAAAAGAUUAA